AUGACAGAUGCAAAGACUGCUAACGCGGUGUAUGCGCAAAUCGGGAAGUUGCGCGAGAUGGCCAAGAAUAAGCACAUUGACAUUCCUGAGAAUCCGUACAUGGCUGCGAGCGAUAUUGCGACGGCACUGCUUGCGUCGAAUGGAGACGAGCAGUCUGCUUUGAAGAAAAUCAUGGCCAAGUUUGGUCGCAACAAGCGAUCACAUGCGUCUGACACGGAUCAGGGCCACAAGAAAAGUAAGCGCGGUGGCGAAAACGGUGGCGACGAAGAUGAGACCGUUGCAGCGGGAUACGCUUAUGCAGCCAUGUCAAAGGAGGAGAAGGAAGCUGCAGAGGGGAAAGGUCAACAUCCAGGUCAACAACAGCAGGGUCGAGAAGAAUCCAUGGCCCCCCACAAAACCAUUCGGUUGGUUGAAGAAGUUCGCGAGCAGAAAGCUGCUAACUCUGCAAACCAGAAGAUUGUAGACGCCUUUGCCAACUACGGCGAGGAACAGCUUGAUCGUGGCCACACGGGCAAAGGGGUCUCCCAUUUGCGAGCGGCGAUUCACAUUCGUGAUCAUCCAGACGCCAUUACGUCAGCGAAAGAGGCACGUGCGGUGCCCAUGGUGGGGGACAAGCUGGCAUCGCAAAUUGAGGAGAUACUGGCCACGGGUAAGUUGAAAGACGAGACUGCAGACCAGAACGUAAGCACGAAUGUGGAUCGACAUCAGCGACCCGAGUUGGUGAACGAUAUUUUCAAUUCAAAAGCCAAGUGUCCUGAGAAUCAGGUGUUGGUGGACGAGUUGGCAAAGUUCGGUGAGCACGAGCUCUAUUUUGGUAGCUCGGGCAAAGGCACGAGUCACCUGCGAGCAGCACGUGAGAUUCAGUUGGCUGACCACGUUAUCAAAUCGGGGUCUACAGCCCGGACGAGCGUUCCUCUGGUCGGGGAUGUGAUUGCUGACAAGAUCGACCAGAUCUUGGAGCACGGUCGCAUCGUCCAGGACACUGGUGAAACGACGGGGUCAAAAAGCUAUUCCCGUGGUAGUGGUGGUGGGUACACCGUCGCGCCCAUAGUGCAGGACUUGCGUGACAAACCUGCCGUGUGUCCAGAGAACCAGCGCGUUGUCGAUGCUUUGGUCGACUAUGGUGACAGCCAUUUGUACUCGGGGCAUCGAGGCAAAGGCAUCUCACAUUUGCGAGCUGCCCAGCAUAUUCGGGACUCGAAGACAGUUGUGAAGUCUGGACGGCAAGCUAGCAAGGAGAUCGAUAUGGUCGGGCGUCGCGUGGCAGCCAAGAUUGACCAGAUUCUCGAGCAGGGUCAUGCAGACAGUGACGAAGAUUACGAGUACGAUCCAGAGGAUGAAGAGGAAGAGGAAGACGCUGAGUAUGGAGAGCGAGAACGCGAUGUGGUAGUGCCUCCAAUCGUGCAAGAUGUGUGCAGCAAACGUGCUCAAGUCGAGAAGAAUCAGAUCUUGGUGGAUGCGCUGGUGGAGUAUGGUGAAGAAGAACUCUACAAGCGUCACACUGGUCGAGGCACGGCAUUUUUGCGUGCUGCUCGCCGUCUCCGCGAUGCAGAUGUCGAGGUGAACAACGGCAAGGAUGUGAAGUCGAUCGGCAUCGGGGACAAGGUUGCAGAGUACAUUGAUACGAUCCUGGCGAGUUAG